GACGGGCUGAUGCAGGCAGUUGUUGCCCUGAGCUUCCCAUUUUGCAGCAGGCGAGAGAUAGACCAUUUCUUCUGUGAGGCCCCUACACUGGUGCACUUGGCUUGUGCUGACACGUCUGUCUUUGAGAAUGUCAUGUACUUCUGCUGUGUGUUGAUGCUCCUGGUGCCCUUCUGCCUCAUCCUGACCUCCUACAGUCUCAUCCUGGCCGCUGUCCUCCACAUGUGCUCCCCAGAAGCCCGCAAGAAGGCCUUUGCCACCUGCUYCUCACACGUGGCUGUGGUGGGGCUCUUUUAUGGGGCUGCCAUUUUUAUCUACAAGAGACCCAAAUCUUACAGGUCAKCUCACCACGAUAAGGUGGUGUCAGCCUUCUAUAGCAUCCUCACCCCUAUGCUGAACCUCCUCAUUGACAGCUUGAGGAACAGCGAGGUCAAGGGCGCCCUGAGAAAGUGUGGCCAGUGUGUGGCCUUGACGCUUUAUUAA